AUGCGAUUGACCGUCGAACUCAUCCAAAAUUCCCUGUCGUACAUCAACCCGCUCAAAGACCGCGAGCUAGAUCUUCGAGGGCACAAGAUACCCGCUAUUGAGAACUUGGGUAUUGCCAAGGACCAAGAUGCGAUUGACCUAACAGACAACGAUAUCACCUCCCUCGGAAACUUCCCCUUCUUCCCUCGUCUCCGCACCCUCCUCCUCGCGCGUAACCGAGUCAAGCAGAUCCAGCCCACGAUAUCAUCCUCGGUGCCGAAUCUGAGCGCGCUGGUCUUGACGGCGAAUAACAUGAAUGAGUUGGCGGAUUUGGAUCCGCUUAGGAAUUUGGCUCAGUUGACGCAUUUGGUGUUGUUGGAGAAUCCUGUUACUAGGAAGGAGCACUACCGCUACUACGUCAUUUGGCGCAUCCCCAGCGUCCGCUUCCUCGACUACCAGAAAGUGAAAGACGCGGAGCGCGAAAAAGCCACCGAACUGUUCGGCACAGCUGAGGAGCCGUCCGCAUUGGCGUCCAAGAUCAUGGGAAUCAAGUCUCGCACGUUCGAUGUGCCUUCGGGUGCUGGGGGCGCGGAUCGUGGAGCGCCCGCGGAUAAGGCGGUGCGGGUGAAGUUGACGGAGAAGGAGAGGAAGAGGGUGGAGAAGAUGAUUCGCGAGGCGAAGAGUUUGCAGGAGAUUUCGCGGUUGGAGAAGGAGUUGAAUGAGGGGAGGAUACCUGGGGGUGCGUUGGAUUAUGCUGAUAGUGAUGAGGAGAUGCAGACAUAG